AUGAGCUGUGAAUGGAGGAAAGGCUAUAUGGGAGUAGAGGAGAAGUUGUCAGGAAAUGGAGGAGGUGAGCUGGGAGAGAUGAGCUGUGAAUGGAGGAAAGGUGAUCUGUGGGUGGAGGAGACGUCAGAGAACGGAGGAGUUGAGCUGGGAGGGAUGAGCUGUGAAUGGAGGAAAGGCUAUAUGGGAAGGGAGAAGUUGUCAAAGAAAGGUGGAGAACACAGUCCCAUCCUGUGGCGCAGCAUUGGACGUUUCCUACUUACAGUCAUUACUUCUGCCCUCCUGUGGGGUUGUGCCACCCACAUUGCACAUUUUACAGUGCAGGAUGGAUGGGAUCCAGUGUUCCUGGCCUGGCUUUGCAGUGUUACAUCCGCCCUAGCCCCUGUUCUGUGUCGUAUUGUGUUGUGGGGAUGUGGUGAGCAGAGUACCAGCUGGAAAGCUCUUGGUCCUCACAAAGUUACUCCAGUUCUGGCCAUAAAGAGAAUCUUUCCCGUCUGCAGCUGCUCUCUGCUUGCCCUGUCUCUAUAUCUCCUGGCACUGCAAAGUCUAUGCACCACAGAAGUAACUGCACUUUAUUCCUGCAACAAGGCUUUGUGCUACCUCCUCUCUUGGACCAUACUAAGGGAACAAUUUAUGGGGGUCAGAGUUGUAGCUGUUAUUUGCUGCCUGGCUGGAGUGGUGAUGAUGUCCUACACAGAAAGUCCUAAUGUAGAGGCACCAAUUGGCCGAAUUCUGACACUCUCUGCAGCUGCUCUUACAGCAAUGAAUGAGGUACUAUUCCGCCUUCUGCUUGGUAGAUUGGAUUGUCAUGAAACAGCCACUUUCUUGGGCCUGUGUGGCAUUUGCAGCAGCCUGUUACUGUGGUGGGUUCCCUUACUGGUAUAUCUGAAGCAGAAAAAGGAAGAGUCUGGAAUGUUGGUUGUUCCAUCCAUAGAAUAUCUAUGUGUAACGAUAUUCAUCUUCUUUUUAUUUCAGCUUUUUGAGAAGAUUGGAAGUCAUUUCUUAUCUGUAUCUGGAGUGUCUCUAGGUGUCUUUCUGAGUGUGGCUGUUGUCCGUGCUAUGGAUAAGCAAUGGGAGUUCCCUUCUGGUGGACAUGUGAUGGCGAUCUCAGCUAUUGGUAUAGGAUUCUCGUUACUCAUCAUACCAGAAGACUGGCGAGAACAUCUUGGAUUGGCCCCUAAUGAACAAGGUCGUCAAGAGGAUACCCCCUCUGAAGACAGGAGCAGGGGCAGUAUCCUAGCCAUUUAAACUCAGACCUAAUGCAACAUACUGUAUUAAAAUGUAA